AUGCCGUCGCACUCCGCCGUGACCGAGACGCUCGCGGCUGCGCCCGUCGUGGACACGACGCCCAGCUUCGAGCGCCUGCGCGACGCGCUGCUGGACCUGUCGGAGCCCGUGGGCAAGCGCACGCGCGCCAUCUUCUACCUGCGCUCGCGCGGCGGCCUCGAGGACCUGCAGGUGCUGCUCACGGCGCUGCUGAACCGCAAGGACUCGGAGCUCAUGCGCCAUGAGCUGGCCUACGUCAUCGGCCAGUUCCAGCGCGAGGAGGCCUGCGACACGCUGCACCAGGUGCUGGAGGACGAGUCGGACGACGGCAUGGUGCGCCACGAGGCGGCCGAGGCCCUGGGCGCCAUCGGCGCCGCGCAGUCGCUGCCCGUGCUGGAGAAGUACAGCGCCGACGCGGCGCCCGAGGUCUCGGACACGUGCAAGCUGGCGGCCAGCCUGGUCAAGUACAAGCUGGCCAAGGCCAAGGGCGAGAUUGUCGAGGGAGCGGUGGACCGCAACCCGUACCUGUCCGAGGACCCGGCCCCCGCGGCCGAGAAGACCAAGUCCACGGCGGAGCUGCGCCAGGUGCUGCUGGACCACGACGGCGACAUGUUCGCCAAGUACCGCGCCAUGUUCUCGCUGCGCAACCGCAACACGGAGGAGGCGGCGCUGGCGCUGGCCGAGGCCUUCGCCGACCCGAACGCGCUGUUCAAGCACGAGGUGGCCUACGUCAUGGGCCAGAUGGAGAACCCCGUGACCGUGCCGGCGCUCAAGAAGGUGCUGCUGGACGAGAACGAGCACCGCAUGGUGCGUCACGAGGCCGCCGAGGCGCUGGGCGCCAUUGGCACCACCGAGUGCGAGGAGAUCCUCAAGCAGUACCUGAACGACGACGCCCAGGUGGUGCGUGAGAGCUGCGAGGUGGCGCUCGACAUCAUGGACUACUGGGCGCCCUCCAAGUAA